ACACACUCGAUCUACUCGAACAGGACUAGCCAUGGCAAAUUAUUCGAUCAAAUUAGCAGUUUUAGUGGCAGUCCUGUCUGGUUCUUAUCAGGCUUCAGCGGACUAUGGGUACUGGCAGAGCGAGACUAACUCAAUGCCAAUAUCGAAGCUGAGUCAACAGCGAGGAGUUCUGUCGGAGCUGGUGAAAUUUGGCAAGCAAAUCAGGCGGAACGUGAAGCAGACUGAGAUCACUGAAGGGGCAAAUGUUGGUCUAAACAAAACAUCCACCCGCUCCUUGAGAAUUCAACUUGAGGAAUGUCGAGUCGGUAUUCAGUCAAAGACAACAGCUAUCAAGGAACAGGCACACCUGUUAAGCGAGCUUGAAAAUAAAAUCCAAGUAACAGAAGCGAGACGGCAAGAGCUGACUGUCAAGCUGCGCAAGUGCAAAGCUGGCCAUGAUCAGGAGAUCACGGGCACUAGCUGCGUGCCCUUUGGUGACUCGAAACUGCACAUGAUCAAGCUGCCUCAUUCGCGAGCCUUCCAGGCGGCCUGCGAGAGUCGCAUCGCUGGACCCGGCUGGAUGGUUAUCCAACGUCGUCUGAAUGGAGCUGUGGACUUCUAUCGCAACUGGAAGGAGUACCGCAUGGGCUUUGGGGACCUAAAGAGGGAGCUCUUCAUUGGACUGCAGAAACUGUAUCGACUGACCCAACAAGAGCCACACGAGCUGUUCAUCCACAUGGUGGACGUCAACAAUGUGACCCAAUUUGCACGCUAUGACAACUUUAAGAUCGGCAACGAAAGCACCGAAUACAAACUACUCUCACUUGGCGAGUACACAGGCAAUGCGGGAGAUGCGAUGCGCAUCGACGAGGGCAUGAAGUUUACGACCUACGAUCGGGACAACGACAGAAUGCUGGAUAGGAACUGCGCUCAGUUCGCACACGGUGCUUGGUGGUACAAGAGCUGCUCCUGGAGCAAUCUCAACGGCGGCUACUUCAGUGCGAAGGAUGAUGAAAUGAUUUGGUGGCGAGUCAGCCAUAAGCGGGGCGUGUUCACACGCCUCAAGACUGUGAUAAUGCUCAUCAGACCCAGACCAUUGCUGCAAUUUGACAUCGAUAUCCGAAAUUGA